GAUAACCUUAUCGCAUCAGUGCAUCACUAUCACUCAAAAGAUUCAAAGUUUCAAAAUUUGUUGAAUUUCUAAGGAAGUGUGCAGUUUGAUAUUUUCUACCUUUGAUUUUUAAAUACUAGAUGAAAGUUUGAAUAUUAAUGAUUUGACGUGAACGUCGUUUAAAAACUACUUGUCAAAAUGAGAUUAACCGCGGUAUUGGGGGAGUACAAAAAAGUCGGUGAACUCACCAAGCAGUAUUCAAAUUUGCCGGAUUCGUACAUCAAGAAAUCUAUUGAGCAUGUAUUUUACCGAACUCCGAGGUUGAGAAACUAUUUACGACGUACUGUUAAGAAAUCAGAAAUUGUCUUCACUGAAGAUCGGCCGUGGACAUUGCAAUCUAAAAUGGCAAAUCCGAUUUACAAAAAAGCCCCGACCAUUUAUGUGGAGCCUAUCAAGGAAUGGAAAAUUUUCAAAGGAGAUAGAGUUGAACUUCUAUAUGGCAAAGAUAAAGGCAAGCAGGGGAUCGUAGCUCAAGUGAUUCAGGAAAGAAAUUGGGUAGUUGUUGAAGGACUUAAUAAAGAAAUUAAAGUCAUGGAGAAAGAAUCCACUGGACCUGCCUCUAUAAGAGUUGUUGAAAAACCAUUGAGAGUGACCGAUCAAAUAUCUUUGGUGGAUCCAUCAGAUUUGUUACCGUGCGACGUUGAUUGGAGAUAUACCGAAAAAGGAGAACGAGUUCGAGUUUCGUUACGUUCAGGGCGUAUUAUUCCAAUGCCAAUUAAAGCGCAAGAAACUUACGACUACAAAACACCUAAAACAUAUAUCGAGCAACCCAAAGAUACGCCCGCCGAUGUUGUUCAAAAAGUAACUUUUGAACCUUCUUUGAAUACUUUUGAAAUGGAGAUAAUGAAGAAAAUGAACAUCAAGGAAGAUAGGGAACCAGCUCCUGUCUAUUGGUACUAAGUAAAAUUAGAGUUAUUAGUUCUUAAUGAAAAUAUAUAGUUUUAUCCGUGUGA